AUGUGUAUCCACCACCGUCUCAUCUACCGCAAAUGCGGCCACUUCACCUGGCUAGGAAUAGCCAAAAAGUGCCAGUCGGAGCGCAACUUCGACCAAGGUAAGACCGACGAAGGGUGCAACGUCAUGUGGACGCAUCCACUUUCUACGUAUCGGGUCGACAGGUGUUGCGAGAGUUGCGCCCUCAAGAGGGCGACGACGGAUAGGGCUAUCGAUGAGAUUAGGGGACGGGUUCAGUUUACUAGAGAGCUGUUGGCUAAGAUCCAGGAGGCUUCUUCGGGGAUUCCUUUGAGAGGCGGAGAGAGUGAGUGGGGGAGUGAAGCUUCAUCAGCUGCUGAGAAGAAGGUAAACCUUCUCUUGACGAUGCCAUGGGGUCUGUGGGCAUCGCCUACCACAAACAGUGGGAAGGAUGAGGGGAAGUCAUCACCCUCUCCUUCAACCAAUUCUUCCUCAACAUCAACACCAACAAGCGCCAACAACAGCAAUCAUGGCAUCCACAGCAUGUCUCCCCCUCCUCCUCGUCCGACCGAGCGUGCGCCCGCAGACCUAGCAGACAUACCACCCAUCCCGCCCCAACUAAAAAAGAAAGCCAUCUCAUGGAACGAUUCGCUCUGGACGCUCAUCGACUGGCAGCACUACCAAGAGCCACGAUCGAUCGUCCUGUACACGCUCCCGACCAUCGGCGCCUUCGCGCUCUUCGGCAUCUGGCGCUCGUUUCUCCGCCGCUUUCGCGGCACCGCAUAUAUCUCGCCCGGCUUCUUUCGGCGGCGCACGCUGCUGGGCAAGGUGACGAGCGUGGGCGACGGCGAUAACUUCCAUUUCUUUCACACGCCCGGCGGACGGUUGGCGGGGUGGGGCUGGUUGCGCAGGGUGCCGACGGUUAGGAAGGAGUUGAAGGAUCGAACGAUCCCCAUCCGCAUCGCAGGCAUCGACGCCCCAGAAGGCGCCCACUUCGGCCGGCCCGCGCAACCCUACUCGAGCGAAGCCCUGCAAUGGCUCCGAAGCUACAUCCUCGGCAAGCGGGUGUGGGCGCGCAUAUACCGUAAGGACCAAUACGACCGGGUCGUCGCGACCGUCUUUGUUCGGAAACCGCCCUUCUUCCUGCGCAAAGACGUCGGGCUGGAAAUGCUCAAGCUCGGGCUGGCGACCACGUAUGAGGCCAAGACGGGCGCGGAGUUUGGUGGGCCCAAGAUGGAGCAGGUGUAUAAGAAUGCUGAGGCGGCCGCGAGGGGGAAGGGGAAGGGGAUGUGGGCGAAUACGUUGACGGGAUUCUUUGGAUUGGGGAGGAGGAGGGAAAUCGAGAGCCCGAGACAGUAUAAGGACCGGAUGAGGGCGGCGGGGAAUACUAUUCUGGAGAAGAAGAGUGCAGCGCCUAAGGCAACGACGGCUGCGAAGAAGGCGCCGGCCGUGAAGAAGGAGACGGCGGCUGCGAAGAAGGAUAAGGCAAAGGCCACGGCUGCAGAUAGUGCCGCGGCGAAGAAGGCAUGA